CGUCUCGCAGGACCUAUAUAAGCAGCACACUCUUAUCCAUCCAUCGCGCCGAUCACCAGCAUUAUCCUCCUCCCCUCUUCUCCACAGAAAUCGUUCCAUAUUGCGCUAACAUCGACCAGCAAGGGGACGUUCUGCCACGAUGAACGACUACGACAAGGAUCAAGACUACAGCAGGCGGACGAGCGAUGAAGCCAAAAAGUAUCAGCUCGAAGCUGAUGGUGGGGAAGGUGGGCACGGCGAGCCCAUCGCCAACUACGAGCUGCACCACCAGACCAAGAAUGAGAGCGAUGCCGCUUCGUCCGAGUUCGAGUUGGAACAAGAGGCCGGUGUCUCUCGUAUCGAGGCCUUGUACACCGUCUUUGGAUACGGCUGGAAGCUCUGGGCUCUUUACAUCGCCCUCGGUCUGUUCUGUUACGCCAACUCGCUCGAGGGGAACACCACCUACAACUAUCAACAAUUCGCCGUCUCGUCCUUCGGUGCACACCCGUUGUUGUCCACCAUCGGGAUCUUGACGAGCAUCAUGGGAGGUGUUAUCAAGCCUUUCGUCUCCAAGAUUGCCGACCUGUUCAGCCGACCGUCCGCCUUGGCCGGUUCCGUCAUCCUCCUUGCUAUCGGAAUGAUGGUCACCGCUGUUUCCAAAGACGUUCAUACCGUCGCUGCUGGUUCCGUCCUGUCCACCAUGGGAGGAACUGGAGUCGACGUCGUCUUCACCAUCCUCCUCGGAGACCUCUCUCCCUUGAAAUGGCGAGGAUUCAUGCAAGGUCUCUCUUCCAUGCCCUACGUCAUCAACUUUGCCAUCUCCCCUCGAAUCGUCAGCGCCUUGCACGUGAAUACGGGGAACGACAACUGGAGGUGGGGAUACGGAAUGUUCGCCAUCAUCAUCCCCGCUUGUGCUGCCCCGAUCUUGUUCGUCCUCUACUGGGGUGACUAUCGAGCCAAGAAGGCUGGUACCGUCUCGGUCGCCGCCUCGGACCUCCGUUUCAGGCAACAAAUCCAGGGAAAGAACGCUACCGAGACCGUCUGGUCCUGGAUGGUCUUCUACUGGCGACGAAUCGACGGGUUCGGGUUGAUCCUCCUCGGAUUCGCAUUCUCCUUGAUCCUCUUGCCGUUCAGUUUGGCUGCUGGUGCCGAUCAUGGAUACAAGAACCGAUCGUUGAUCGCCAUGUUCGUCGUCGGUGGUCUUACCAUGAUCGCCUUCUUCACCUGGGAGUGGAAAUAUGCCAGGUUCCCAUUGAUGCCUAAGCGUGUCAUGAACCGAACCAUGAUCUGCUGUUGCGUCAUCGACUUCCUCUACUACUUCUCCGCCUACAUUCCCAACUACUUUACCUCUUGGAUUUUCGUCGUCAAGGACUGGUCCUUCGUCAACUACAACUACUGGAGUCAAUGUUUGGGAGUCGCCCUCUGCUUCUUCGGUCUCUGCGCUGGUAUCGUCAUGCGAUACACUAAGAGGUACAAGUGGACCUUGAUGUUCGGUCUCUGCGCUCGUGCCAUUGGUAUGGGUUUGCAAUUCUUGGCUGCCAACGGCAACAAGAGCGAUGCCGUCUUGGUCAUCAGUCAGAUCUUUGUCGGAAUCGGCGGUGGAUGCUCCGUCGUCGGAACCCAGGUUGCCGUUCAAGCUGCUGUUCCUCACCGAGACAUGGGCACUGCUAUCGCCUUGCUCGCGCUCUGGACCAGUGUCGGAGGAGCUAUCGGUAACGCCAUCGCCGGUGCUUUGUGGACCCAUGAGCUGCCCAAGCGUCUCGCCAUGUAUGCUGGAGACGUCCUUAACUCGACUCAGCUUGCCGAGAUUGCUGGUAGCACACCUGUUGCUCACGUCGCCGAGCCUCGUGCGGCCAUCAUUCGAGCUUACGACGAGGCCUCGUGGCUCCCUCUGCUGCUUGGGUUGAUCUUCACCAUCGCCGCCAUCCCCGUCGGUUUCUGGUGCAAGGAGUUCGAGCUCGGUGACGCUCAGAACGCCGUUGAGGAGGACAAGGUCAUCAGGGUCAAGAAGCAGGCCGAGGUCGACGCCGAGCUGGAGGGGAGGGCUUAGGGAUGCUCAGACGGAGUUGAUAGAUAAUGUAUAGGGAUACCAGGAGGCGAUGUGCGGACUGUAAAACGUCAUCGACCGACAAAUCAAAAGAUCACAUAGAUGCUUCAUCAA